AUGGAGGACUCUAAAAACAAAGAGAAGAAGCCGUCCGAAAAAUCCGAUGAGCAUGAAAAGAACAAGGAAAAAGACUCCCAGCCUUCGGGAAAGGAUAAAGAGAAGAAGGAGGAGCAAGAAUUGUCUGAAGAAGAUAAGCAAUUACAAGAGGAUUUGGAAAUGAUGGUGGAGAGGCUAGGCGAGAAGGACACAUCAUUGUAUCGUCCUGCACUGGAAGAGUUACGCAGGCAAAUACGCUCCUCAACCACCUCCAUGACAUCUGUGCCCAAGCCUCUAAAAUUUUUGCGACCACAUUAUGGCAAGCUUAAAGAAAUCUAUGAAGGCAUGGCCCCAGGUCAAAACAAGCAUUUCUGUGCAGAUGUCGUAUCAGUGCUGGCCAUGACAAUGAGUGGCGAGAGGGAGUGUCUCAAGUACCGCCUGCUGGGCUCCCAGGAAGAGUUGGCUUCCUGGGGACAUGAAUAUGUUCGGCAUCUGGCUGGUGAGGUAGCAAAAGAGUGGCAGGAGGUGGAGGAGAAUGAUAAGACCCAGCAGGAGACAUUGCUGAAGCUGGUGAAGGAAAUCGUACCUUAUAACAUGGCACACAAUGCUGAGCAUGAGGCUUGUGACCUCUUAAUGGAAAUUGAGAGGCUGGACAUGCUUGAGGAAUACAUUGAUGAGAAUGCCUAUGGCAAGGUUUGCCUGUACCUCACAAGUUGUGUGAGCUAUGUUCCGGAGCCAGAAAACUCUGCACUCCUUCGGUGUGCCUUGAAGAUCUUCAGGAAGUUUAACCGUUAUCCUGAAGCUCUACGAUUGGCCCUGAUGCUCAAUGAUGUGGAGCUUGUAGAAAAUAUCUUCACAUCCUGCAAAGACAUAGUUAUUCAAAAGCAGAUGUCCUUCAUGCUUGGCCGACAUGGCAUGUUCUUGGAGCUUAGCGAGUUUGUGGAUGAUUACGAGGACCUGACAGAGAUCAUGUCCAAUGUGCAGCUCAACAGCAAUUUCUUGGCUCUGGCCAGAGAGUUGGAUAUCAUGGAGCCCAAAGUCCCAGAUGACAUCUACAAAACGCACCUGGAAAAUAAUAGGUUUGGAGGUAGUGGCUCCCAAGUAGACUCAGCCCGCAUGAACCUGGCCUCUUCCUUUGUGAAUGGCUUUGUUAAUGCAGCAUUUGGCCAGGACAAGCUGUUAACAGAUGAUGGCAACAAAUGGUUGUACAAGAACAAGGACCAUGGCAUGUUGAGCGCUGCAGCAUCUCUAGGAAUGAUCUUGCUUUGGGAUGUGGAUGGCGGUCUAACCCAAAUCGAUAAAUAUCUUUACUCAUCUGAGGACUACAUCAAGUCUGGUGCCCUCCUUGCUUGUGGUAUUGUAAAUUCUGGGGUGAGAAAUGAAUGUGACCCAGCUCUUGCCCUGCUCUCAGACUAUGUCCUCCACAACAGUAACACCAUGAGGAUAGGCGCCAUUUUUGGAUUGGGUCUAGCUUAUGCUGGCUCCAAUAGAGAAGAUGUUCUGUCUCUUCUUCUGCCUGUCAUGGGAGACUCAAAAUCCAGCAUGGAGGUGGUUGGAGUGACGGCUUUGGCGUGUGGUAUGAUAGCUGUGGGGUCAUGUAAUGGUGAUGUGACUUCCACCAUUGUGCAGACGAUCAUGGAGAAGAAUGAACAGGAGCUGAAAGACACAUAUGCACGCUGGCUCCCUCUUGGUUUAGGACUCAACCACUUGGGUAAAGGAGAGGCCAUCGAGACCACUCUGGCAGCUCUCCAAGUUGUUCCUGAGCCUUUCCGCAGCUUUGCCAACACGCUAGUCGAUAUUUGUGCUUAUGCAGGCUCUGGCAAUGUGCUGAAGGUACAGCAGCUUCUCCACAUCUGCAGUGAGCACUAUGAGGCCAAGGAGAAAGAAAAAGAAGAUGAUAAGGACAAAAAAGACAAAAAGGAUAAAGACAAGAAGGACACUGCUGACAUGGGCUCUCACCAGGGGGUAGCUGUCCUUGGUAUUGCCCUCAUUGCCAUGGGGGAGGAAAUAGGCUCGGAAAUGGCACUGCGGACGUUUGGGCAUCUUCUGCGUUAUGGUGAGCCCACCCUCAGGCGUGCGGUGCCACUUGCUCUGGCUCUCAUCUCUGUGUCCAACCCACGUUUGAACAUCUUGGACACCCUCAGCAAGUUUUCCCACGAUGCUGACCCCGAGGUCUCACACAACUCUAUCUUCGCAAUGGGAAUGGUGGGCAGCGGAACAAAUAAUGCCCGCCUGGCCGCAAUGCUGAGGCAGCUGGCGCAAUAUCACGCCAAAGACCCCAACAAUCUCUUUAUGGUUCGAUUGGCCCAGGGUCUGACUCACCUGGGUAAAGGCACACUGACACUCUGUCCCUACCAUAGCGACAGGCAGCUGAUGAGUCAGGUUGCCGUGGCUGGGUUGCUUACUGUGCUUGUCUCCUUCCUCGAUGUCAAGAACAUAAUCCUUGGAAAAUCUCACUACAUUCUUUAUGGCCUGGUUGCUGCCAUGCAGCCGCGUAUGCUAGUCACCUUUGAUGAAGAACUUCGACCACUACCAGUUUCUGUCAGAGUUGGUCAGGCCGUGGACGUUGUGGGCCAAGCAGGCAAACCUAAGGCCAUCACAGGUUUUCAGACCCACACAACACCAGUUUUGCUAGCACAUGGAGAGAGAGCAGAGUUGGCCACAGAGGAGUACUUACCCGUCACCCCCAUCCUGGAGGGCUUUGUUAUCCUUCGCAAGAACCCCAACUAUGAAACCUAG